UAAAAUAUUGUGUCAUUUCUUUGUUGUCAAAAUAAAUACCUAAAUAAUAGCAAGUUACAUUUUUAUUAAAAAAUGAAAAACAACAUGAAAUUUAUGAUACUCAAGUUGAAUCGAAUUUAUAAUACAUAGGAAUUAUUUUUUAAUAUAAAUGUUGGUUACUGAUAAAUUCAUCUGAAGCUGAGGUUAUAAUCACAUCAUUAUUAAAUUAAAUAAAAGUAUUACAAACAUAAAUUGUUGAUAAAUAUAAUAAUUAAAGUGAAUAAGCAUUGACAAAAUGUUAAAACCUAAAAGAUUACGUAAUAAAAUAAUUGGAGAUAGUGGAAAUCGUAGAACUUCUUUGAUGGUUAAUUUGAGUUAUGAAAAAUCAACAGAUGCUAAUGACAGUGACAAUAAUAAAUCAGAUAGUUUUAAAAAUAUAAGUGGUAAAGAAGAAGAGUUGAAUAAAAAAUGUGAUCGUUUAAAAGAAGCAAUAUUACAAAAAACUCGUCAAAUAUUUGAUAAUAAAAAUGAUUUUUGUUUAAAAACAGCAACAAUUCUAGAACAGCCAUGUUCAUCAAGUUCUGAUAUUGCUAAAUUUAAUCAUUUUAAGACUCCAAAAAAUCAUGAAGCAAAAGAAAAUAAUCCAGGUAAUUCACAAGAAAUAGAAAAUAAUAAAACAAAGGUAAAUAAAAGUCCAAUUAUAACAAGUUGUUAUGAUAAAAGUGACACAACAAUUUUAUUACCAAAGCUAAGUUCUAGUAGCAAUGACAUUAGUUUAGGAAGACCUGUAAUGUCUUCAACACUUAUUGAUGAUGAUUGUCAACCUCGAACUCGUUCAAGGACAAUUAAAAAAACAAAACUCUUACUAGACAAAAAAGAUGAACAAGUACAUGAAAAAGAUGAAGCUACUAUUUCCAAAAGAAGAACAAUGCCUAAAAUUAAAAAUGUACAAACUUGUUUCAUAGCACUGGAUCGAAUUGGAAAAUUAAAAACAAAUGAAGCAAGUAAAAACCUCGUGCAAGUGUCAAUGGACUUGACAGAAAUGCAAAAUAAUAUUUGUUGUGAUGAUGAAACAAAAAAAGAAAAUAAUCAUGAUGUAUUAAGGGAUUCUGAUAAAAUUGUAAAUGAGUCGUCAAAUAAAACUGAGUUACAUUCAUCUCUGGUAGUUGAAACGUCAAUUGUACCCAGUGAAAACUGCUCUGAUAAUAGUUGUCAAAUAAUCAACAACAAUAAUUCAGUAUCAGUUCAAACAUCUUUGAAGGAACCUGUUGCAGAAAGUGAAAGUAGUAAUGAAAUUAUUAACACAAGCCCAGUCUUAAAAAGACAAAGUUCUCUUCGAAGUCAAUUAGAAUCAAGAAGCUUUAAAAGAAGUAAAAUUAUUGAAGAAAAAAUUAAUAAUAGUAAUAAAGAUUUGAAGAAACCAUCAGAUACAAUUAUCAAAGAAACAAUUACAGAAAAACAAAAUGAACAAAAUGAGUUGGAUGAUACAUUUAAAUUGUAUGAUACUUCUCCAUCAAAAAAUAAAGUUAGAAUUGUUGAUGAUUCUUCAUCAGAUUAUUGUGAUGAUGAAAUGAGUGAUAGAGAUGCCAAUGAAACACAUGAAAAUUCAACAAUGAAUAAAAUAAAAAAACGUAAAUUAUUUAGUCAAUUUUAUGCAGAAGAUAUUGCAACAAUAAGUCCAGCUUUGGGUUGUCAAACACCAAAAAUAAAUAAAGCAUCACCACGUAUUGUUAAAAGAAAACGUAUGAGACGAAAUAUUGCUGGUAAAAUUAUUGGUACUCAAUUAUUGGGUACUCAAGUUAAAAGUCAAAUGGAAAAAAAAAUAACUAAUAAAAAUGAUGAAGUAAAAUGUAAAAAAAUUAGCAAAAAAACACAAUCACAAGAUGAUAAAAAAAUAAAAAAGAAAAGAAAAAUUGUUAGUAAAAAAAUUGAAAUUAAAAAAGUAAUAAUUAAUCCAGAAUUAUCAAAAAUUUUUGAUAAUUCAGAUAUUGAAAGUCAAAAAAGUUUUAGUGAAAAAUCAAAUAGUCAAGAUAAACGUGGAUCAAUGAAUAAUUUUAUGGAAAAAAAAAUCAUUCAAACUAAAGGAAGAAAUUAUAAAAUUGAAAAAAUAAUAAUUGUUGCAACUGGUUUAUCAAAUAGAGAUAAAGAAUUUGUUAAAAAUGCUGUUAAAAAAAUUCCUGGUGCUAAAUAUGAAACAUCAGUGACUCGUCAAACGACUCAUGUUGUAUCUACUGGAGUUCGAACGAUAAAUUUACUUCGUGGUAUUAUUCGUGGAUGCUGGCUGGUAAAUCUGGCAUGGGUUAAAAAAUCAUUGGAAAACAAAAAAUGGUUAAACAGUAAAAACUUUGAACUUGAACAUUUUUCAAAAGCUGUUGAGGAAAAUCGAAAAGAACGACAAAUACUUGGUGAAUUAUACGUGCCAGAAUUAUUUGCAACAUGUGGCUUAAUUUACAUUGACCCAGUUACAAAUCCACCAAGAGAUACUCUAAAAGAGCUUAUUAAAAUUGCUGGUGGUUGUGUUAUUGAUAAUUUAAAAAAAGCUAAAAUUAUCAUUGGCCCAAAUAACACAAAAGAAUCAUGGAUACUGGAUUCAAUAACAACUGGUGAGCUACAAUUAAUUGAUAGUUAUCAAAAAAAAACAAAAGUAAAUUAAGUUAAAAAAAUUUAUAAAAAACAAAUAUA